AUGAUGAAUGGUAAUCGCAUAGCUGCAAUGAAACGACAGCAAAAAGAAGCAAGACGGCUUAUGGCUACUGGUGUCAUCGUGUGGGACGAAAUUUCAGUGGUCCCGAAGUGCGCCCAAGAAGCCGUCGAAAGUUUGCCACGUGAAAUCGUGCAGAACUACAGAAGUUUUGGCGGCAAGCUGUUCAUCAUUGGAGGCGAUUUUCGACAAGUGUUGCAAAUAGGGGAGCACGCACAACACGAUGACUUUGUCAGCUUGUGUGUGUGUGUGACAAAUUCUGUUCUGUGGUCACUGUUUGACAUUUGCCGGCUUCAUGUUAACAUGAAAGCUUGA